AUGUCCACAGUUUCGGUGGAGCCACCUGUAGAUGUAUUAGCAGCCAAUUUCGAGGAAUAUAAUCGAAAAGUGUCGACUCAGACGGACUUGAGUGAUAGUCCGGGCCCUAUAAGAACCCCUUCAACGGGAUCUUCAGCUGGCCGAUGCAUGGUUUGCGAUGAUCCGGAUGGCUCGAGGCAUUACGGAUCCGUUUGUUGCAGUGGAUGCAAAGGUUCGUUUAUCAUUAUAAGGUUGGAAACAUUAAUAACAUCUUGUGAUACAUCAUGUAGACAUCAUCUCCUUGCUGUCUGAUUAAUGUUUUCUAAUCGCCGAUCUGAAUUCAGGGUUCUUCCGAAGAUCGAUCCGUCACAAUCGAGCCUACCAGUGUCCGUAUAACAAAAAAUGUGUCAUUCGCAAAGGUAAAUCCAAGUUGCAAAAUGUUUACUUACCGUAGUUUCCCUCGUUUGUAUGGAAGUAUGCAUUGUAAUGGCAGUAAAGGGAUGACAAAAUAACUUACAAAAUCUUUUAAAACGAGGAAAAAUAAGGGUCUGAAUUAACACCCAGUUAUUGCAGAAGGGUAAUGAUAAUCCAUUCCAGAAUAUCGCAAUUCUUGCCGAGCUUGCCGUCUCCAGAAAUGUGUAGAUGUCGGGCUAAAUCCCAUGCUCGUCCAUGGAGAUCGUGGAUGUGUUCGGAAGGACAGCAACGCAUCUUCUCCGUCUACGUCAGAACUCCCGGACACUCCAGGGGAACAACAAAGACCGGGUACUUCUUCUUCAUGGGGCAUGGAGAUUGUGGAUGUGAAGCCGUUGGAGAAGGAUUUUAUUGUUGAUAACACUUUCUAUCAGAGCAAGAGAUUACUCGCGGUAAGCUGACUUCCCCGAGUCCCUCAUCUCACGCAUCUUUCAGUUAUCGAAGCUGGAUUUGCCUCUAGGCAUAGCCAAAUUAAUACCAGCCUUCAAUCCAGAUGAUCCUCUGAGUAUUGGGAAAUACUUCGUGUCGGUUGAAUGGUAAGGACGUCGCUUUUUUGGUUUGAUGUCGUGGUGUUUAGUCAUUCUCUUUGUCAUUAUUGGCAAUCCUAAGCUGCUAGAAUAUUGGCCGGCUUUGCUUCCGUGUCCUCUUUCCGUCCCCUCGGGGCGUUUAAACUGUUCCUUUGCAUUAUGUUGCGUUUGUGGCCCUUAGGCGUUUUGCAAGUUCCUUCCUCGAAAGUGUCGAAGCCACGGGGGACAAGGACGUUUUUGAAAGGUUUAAGCUCGGCUCCAUAUUCACUUAGGACCCUCUGGCACGCUCUCCCUCGGCCUCGCUCUCUCGCAGAUUUUGGAGCCCUGGAAGACCGCGAAAAUGCCGGAGGCAAAAGAAAAAAGCAAAACAACACUCCCGUGACUACGGUACGCCCAGUUGAUCUUUAAUCGUUUUGUUGCAUUCAGUUCUUGCCGCAGGGGCUAACAUGGCCAUGGAAAUGUUUGAAAAAGAAAAUACACGUGAAACACGUGAACGGGGGGAAUGCGGAAUACGAGAGGGAUGUACUCGGUUCGGAAAUAGUCGAAACAACUCACUUUUAGAUCUCAUUAAAACAUUUGGAAACUAUUUAUUUGGGAAAGAGGGGCUAAUUAGAGGAAACCAUGAUUAUGCAUCAGUCAUGUGGAAGGUCACAUAGGUGAGAGUCGAGUGACAUGAGCAAAUAAAAAAGAGCAAUCGAGCAUUAACUCUGCAAUUACAUCUUCAACUACAACAGAAAUAUACAGGAUGCAAUUACAGGUUGUGUGACAAGUUCGUGGACACUGAUCUCAGCCACGUCAGCGAUGAAUUCUUGAAGACGGCGACCUUGGACAUUGAAGUGCCGUUGAGUGAGGCCAUCUCUCAGCCGAGGAGAGUCUGCCUGAGGACAAAUCUCGAUUGGGAACCCAAAUUCGAGUACACUUCUCUAACCAUCAUGAGAUCUUGUUAUUGCCGACUGUUGGUCCAUUUUUUCGACUGGCUCAGCCACAUCCCAGAACUUCAGGAGCUCUCGGAAAGUGACCAGGUAUGAGCUGAUCAAGAGCAAUAUAAAAAUAUCGUCAAAUAACAAUUUCAUUAAGCUAUUAUCAAAUUAGAAUGUCACAAUUUACACCCGAAUCCUUUUCAGAGACUCCUGGUGGUGGACCGUAUCGUGCCCUGUGUGUGGUUGUUGAUGUGUUAUCGAACGAUCCUUUCCAAUGCCUCAGGGGUUUUAUGUACUGGCGGCCAGUUUUUCCCACAGAAAGAAAACGGAUAUUCCUCGGAAUGGGUUGUCGGGAGCAUAAAAACCGGUAAGCCUAAACAACAUACCAUUGAUUAUGACAAUGCAUCGCCAUUAAUAAAAGCUGAAUCUUAUUUUUUAGCGAAUUACGCAAAAGAUGAGUUGAUUGAGCCGUUGAAAAGAAUGGGCGUCACCAAAACAGAAUACGCUCUGAUGAGAGUGUUGUGUUUGUGUGUCCCAGGUAAUUAUAACUCAACAAUUUUUGAUUACUUUGACCAUUCAUGCUAAUUCUGUGGUUUUAGUUGGUGGUCUGAGUGAUCACGGAACCCGAGUGAUCACCCAAUCUCGCCAGAAAUACCUCUCGACUUUCUCCCAGCUGAUUAAACAGGGAUUGCCUGAGGGGACAAGUGCCAAUCAGGUCUUGCAUCGGAUCAGCAAGUUGAUGAUGUUGUUGCCGAUAGCUGAGGUAAUUGUGAAAUUACAUUUUUUAGGGUUUGCAAUUCAAAUUAAAAGCGUAUAGGGAUUGCCUUCCCAGUAUUACGUUUAACAAGUCUCAUUUUGAAAAUACUUUCAGAGAAUCGCCCAGAUGGAUGACAAUACCAUCGCCAUGAUGUGUGUGUUCAACAUGGCUGAGAUGCGCGGCACGCUUCCUUACGAGAUCCAUGUGAAAAAGAAAUAA